AAAGAGUCUCCCCUGAUACCUUUCAGUCCAUCUGUCAGAGUGUUUUGCGUAUGCACCGUCUCACCCCUCCUUCCUCCCUUCCUUCCUGACAUCUGCCUAUCCUGUAGUAAUCCCAGACCGCGUCUCUCCUCCCCUCAAUCUUCAACCUCUUAUAAACUUCCCACUUUCACUUCUCCGAGUACUUCUCUUUAACCUCCCCUCGCCUCCAAAUCUCAUGAGGGUGGGAGCUCAGAUGGGGCUCCUGGCGGCACUGGUCGCUCUGCUCUUCCUCUACACUCCAGUGCGUGGAGCUCAGGGGUGCAGUGGUUUUAGACACCUGGAGAACGGGCAGACGUUUUUCCGUUACGGAGGACUGCUGGUGAUCUUCCGCUGCCGUCCUGGCUACAAGCUCCAUGGAUACAAAACCAACAGCUGUGUGUCAGGACGCUGGUCCCGGGACACCCCGGUCUGUGUUGGCUCUGGCUGCUCCAGCCCGGGUCCACUCACCCACGGAUCCAUCAGCGUGAGCGAGGAUGGCUCCUGGUCGAUGUUCAGCUGUAAUACUGGCUUUCGGCUACACGGGCCCUCAAUGUUAUACUGUAAGGGCCACACCUGGAACAGCACAAAGCCUGUAUGCAAAGAAUCUGACAUGAUGAGCUCGAGCACACUGCAGAACCUCCAGGCUGCCGCAGCUCUGAAGACCCAACAACAAGCCCACUACGACACCCGCGCGAAUGCUGCCUCCAAGGAAGCGAACCUCAAAUUUGGCUCGAUGUCUCAUAUGCCAUCCCAGAUGUCCAGCGAUGAGAGAAUUAAAACAACUAACCCCAAAAUCCUCCUGCAGCAGCAUGUUCAGUUUCCUAGUCUUAAAACCAAAGGUGAGGCCCAGACGACUCACAAUGAGGCUCAGGAGGCGAACGUUGCUCCAGGAAGAGAAACAGGAACGGGAAAAGACGGCUCAGAGGGACGAGCUUCACAUGAGGAAGCAGAGAGGGUGGACGAAGUUACACAAACGUUUGACUCUAAAUCACAUCCAUCUUCCACCAUCUCAUCUGCCUUAUCAUUAGUUCCAGGAACCGAUCGAUCAACGACUACACCACCAUCAUUUUCAACAGCCCAUACACCUGCUGUCACCACUGCCUGGUAUACUGGUGGCAGACAUACUGUCCCACUUGUCUUUGGAUCAACGUCAUCACUCUCUGGCUCAACCCAGGAUGAUGUGACUCCCUCUGUAGUAGUAACAGACUCCUCACAAGGCCAAGGCGAAGACCAAGCGGCUGAAACUAAAUUCCUGUCUCCUUCCUUCUCUCCGUCUGGUUCAGGAGAUGACGAGGAGACCACAGAGACUUCAACCCACACUUCAUCUACUUCUGCUUAUUUCGUUUCCACCAGUUCUUCCUCGGCUGCUUCCUCUGUACUCUCCUUCUCGACUCCGCAUCCCUCCUUUUCUGAUGUGACUUCCGUCAGGACCGGCUCAGCCCAGUCCAAUACGAAACCCCAGCUGCCUCGUGUCUCCUCUCCCUCGAAUGCCUCCACCCCCUCUGAGCCCAGAUCUCACUGGACUGAUCAUCACAACAUUACGGUGAACGCCACCUCCAGACCCCCUCUGCUGCCUCUGAGCCUCGGCAGACGGCCCGUGUGCCCGUACCCACCUGUGCCUGCUCACGGGACCUUCUACUUCCGUAAUGUAGAGAAUCCAGGUCCCAGAGAGUACAGGCAUUACAUACAGUACGCCUGCUACCCAGGUUAUACGCUGGCUCAUGGAGAUGUGCACAGCUACUGCCAGCAGGGGGGGACCUGGAGCGGAGUCACACCCGUUUGUCGAGAGUUGACACCAUGUUCAGUUAACAACGGAGGCUGUUCCCAGCUGUGCUCUCACCACCAGCACUACGACCAGAGCUCCAGCCAGAACCAGACGAGGACCAGGUGCCACUGCAGACCUGGAUUCACUCUGCUGGAUGACGGAAGAACCUGUCGCGAUUUAGAUGAGUGUGUGGAGGGGCAGCAUCAGUGUCAGCAGAGGUGCAUCAACACGUUCGGCUCCUUUCAGUGCAGCUGUGAUGACGGAUAUCAACCAGCUCGCGAUCAGACCUCCUGCACAGAUGUGGACGAGUGCCUGCUGCCUGCCGCUGUAACAGGCUGCGUGUUCGGUUGUGUUAACACUCCCGGGAGCUUCCACUGCCAGUGUCCUGCUGGCUACAGCCUUCAGUCUGCAGACAGCCACUGCCAAGAUAUAGAUGAGUGUGCUGGUAAUCAGGGGCUCGGGCCAUGCGUCGAGCAGUGCCACAACUCACCGGGAUCCUACCGAUGCUCCUGCUCGUAUGGACACAUCUUAGCUGGAGACGGUCACAGCUGCAUCGCAGAGUGUCCACCUGGGUUCAGGAAGCAGCCAACAGCGACACCUGAGAAUUCAACUGCACAAGCUCUCAGGGAGGAGUGUGUAGAUAUAAAUGAGUGCCUGGAGGAAAAAUGUGAGUGGCAGUGUGUCAACCUGCCAGGCUCGCACCGCUGCAUAUGUCCCAAAGGAUACACACUCCAGAGAGACGGGCGACGCUGCAAGGACAUAAAUGAGUGCAGUCGGAAGAAUGGAGGAUGUUCCCACCACUGUGUGAACCAGAGAGGUGGACAUAAAUGUGCCUGUCCAGCAACCCAUCGCCUUUCCCCCUACAGCUGGAAAAAAUGUCUACCACGGACCACAGCGAACUCUGCUGGCUGAGACGGGAAAUGCCUCAAAUUGAAAAUCAAACUAAAAUAAGCUAAAGAUAAAUACUUGUGAAAUGAAUGGACCGAAACAUCAUACAUGUUGAAUGCUUGGCUCUGCAUUGGUGAAAAACCUGGUUGCUGAAAUGUCAAACUGGUAGAAAUGGCAGCUGAACUGCACUACCCAAAUAAGCUAAGAGUUGAAUCACAUCGCUAGAAAAGCUGGGAGCUGCAAAGUGAAAUGAUUUGCUAGAAUUGGAAGCUGAACUGCAUUACCUAAAUAAGCUAAGAGUUGAAUUACAUUGGUAGAAAAGCCGAAUGAAUUGUGCUGUGAAAUGAUUUGCUAGAAUUUGUGGCAGAACUGCUUUCCCUGCUGAAAAAAACAGCAUAGGCCAGCAUCAUGUGUUGUGUUUUGGUGCUGGUCUAUGCUGUUAUAGGAAGUUACAAGCAAAAAUGCAUGGCUAACAAAGCUGGGAGCUAAACUAGAAAACUGUUUUUCAUUUCGUGACAUUAAGACAUCAUGUAGUCCAUGCAGUCCUCAUUCUUCAUGUGCUUACAUUAACUACAAUCCAACUCAACCUCUGACAGUUUACACCGAAAAAACUUGUGUUAUGAUAGUAGCAGGCUAACAUAACCUCGACCUGCUAGUUUCAAGCAGACAGGAGCAGCGGGCUACAGAGGUCUGAUGACCUCUAUGUCAUUCUACAGUUAAUCAACUUCCUUCCUCGACAACUGCUGCCACUACGCUAUUUCCACCUUUGCUUCUGAGAGACAAACUUGUACACGAGAUUAUAGCAAACAAUAGCAGAUGGACUCCCAACCUAAGCUCGGUUAGUGUGAUUCAUAGAUAAAAUCACACAUUUCCUCUCUGACAUAUAGUCAACAGUAUGUUGACAAUGUCGUGUUUUUAUUGGGUUUCUGCAGAAACGAGAUAUUUUAAAUGUUUAUAUUUUAAUUUCAUUUUCUUUUUUUAAAAAAUUGAAUUUUGAAUUGUAUAAAGUAACGCACAUGAUGUUUCACUGUCGAAGAUUAUCUUUGUGAUGACAUGUGGAUAUGAGUAGAAACCAAUGAGGGGGCUGGAUAUUAACAUAAACACAUCAGUAUAUCUAACACUGUAAGCUAUGAGUAGAUAAUAAGUUAACCAUAAUGCGGAAUUUAUAUUGUUUGUUCUAAAGGAAAAUAAAUAAGAGACUUGAACUUGUAAA